AUGGAAAUUGAGGACGCCGACAUGGAGGAUGCUCACAGCCACACACAGGAGCUCGUGGCCAUACCAAAUUCGAAGGAAGAUGUAGCUGUCCGUGAUGGCACUGCCAUAAUGGGCAUUUUGGAGGCAGGCACACUAGAUGCUACCAUGGAGGAGGAGAUGGAAGAGGUGGAAGACGACAUUGAGCAGCCCCUCCUACUGCCAAUGAAUGCCAUGGUGCAGCAACUACGCCCCCUCCACAAGGACCUCCCUCGCAACACCAACAUCACAACAACGGCCCCUCAAGCCACUAAGGACGAAGAGGAUGUCAGUCACUCCAAUGGCAUCUUCAAUGAUGAGGAUGAGCACUAUGUGGACUAUAUUUCCAUCAUGGUUCAAAAAGAGCGCAAUGAUAGAACAGUUCCCUUGGAAACAAGGACUCAAGCACCUGCCAAUGAUCUUGACAACGCAACAAGGCAAGCUCUAUUUACUAGCGCUGACUCCCAGGACAUCUAUCCUAGCAUGGACGAAGGGGAUAACAAUGGCUCAUACAAGUCCAUCAUCUAUGACGCUCAAAAGAUGGAGAAUAUGGUGGAUCCAGGAACCGAUAAAAUUCCACCCCCACUACAACUUUCCAGAUCUAAAGUACCCAAGGAGGAACUCGGUGACCACCAUCCCUCUAUAGAGGAAGACGAUCCUGAACUAUCCCUACAAUACAUCAAAAAGAAUUGGGGCCACUAUCCAUCUCAACUCAACCCAGAUGAACCUAGCCCAUCAAUAAGAAGGAAACUGAGGGUGGCCCCUCUCACCGAUGAUGAUGUUGCCAAGUUCGACUGUGGCAUCUGCUUAGAGACGCUUCUCAUCUUCGACAUCUUCCACGGAAUGUCAUGCCCCCACAAGUUCUGCGUGCAGUGCAUGGGCACAUACAUUGAGGGUAGGGUCCACACUGGUAAGGUGCCGAUACCGUGCCCUGACCCAACUUGCAAUGAAGAGGGCAAUGGCAUCCUACAGCCAGAAGACUGUAAGAAUUCCAUUGACUUUGCCGUGUUCUGCAAUUGGAGCGACAAGCUCACUGAGAAUGCCAUCCCACUGAAUAAGCGUGUCUACUGUCCGAACCCCAAGUGUAGGAUCAUGCUUGAGAGCACCUGUGCCAACACGACACCAUCCCAGGCAUCGUGCCCGGUGUGCAACUGCCAAAUGUGCACAACAUGUAGCAUGGAUUGGAGCACCAAUGGUAGUGGCCAGCACGACUGCACCAAGGGGCUAGAAGACAAACUCAUGAAGAAGCUUGCCAAUGAGCGCCGGUGGAAGCAGUGUCCCCGGUGCAGGAUGCUUGUGGACAGGAAUAGUGGCUGCAAUGUCAUGACAUGCAGGUGCCUUGCUACCUUCUGCUACACCUGCGGACGCCUCAGGCAGUCAGUGCGAGAAGGAGUCGAGCUGUGUUGGUGCCACAACCGCAAUUGA